GAGAGUAGUGUGUUGGGGAUGCCAGCAUGGUUCCUGCGAAGUGCGCUUCUAUGAUCCUGCUGCUGCAGCUCUGCUGUGCUGGGUGGGGAUUGUGUGGGAAGGUGCUGGUGUGGCCCUGUGAAAUGAGCCACUGGCUCAACCUGAGGACUAUUCUGGAGGAACUCGUGAAAAGAGGACAUGAGGUGACAGUUCUGACUCCUUCAAACAGUUUGUUCAUUGACUACAGCAAGCCUUCAGCAUUUCAUUUUGAAGUGAUCUCUAUGCCAGCCGAUAAAAAUGCCACUGAGGCAGUGCUCAAUGAGUUUUUAGACCUAGCUGGGAAUGUCAUGCCAACAAUGUCAUCCUGGCAAUCAGGAAGACUACUGCAGAAACUCUUUCUUAAAUCAACUGAAGAUGUGAGAGUUCUCUGUUCCAAUAUAGCCUACAACCAGUUGCUCAUGAAGAAGCUCCAGGAGUCAAAGUAUGAUGUGAUGAUUACAGACCCUCUGAUACUCUGCGGGGAGCUGGUGGCUGAGAUGCUGGAUAUCCCUUUUGUCUACAUGCUCAGGUUCUUCACAGGCUAUCCCAUAGAGAAAUACUGUGGACAGCUUCCAGCUCCACCUUCCUAUGUGCCUGUUCCCAUGGCAGGACUCACUAGCAGAAUGACAUUUAUGGAAAGGGUAAAAAAUGUGUUGAUUUCAUUUUUGUUUGACUUCUGGAUCCAGCAGUAUGACUUUCAGUUUUGGGAUCAGUUUUACAGUGAAGCAUUAGGAAGACCCACUACGUUGUGUGAGACCAUGGGUAAAGCUGAGAUUUGGCUAAUUCGGACAUACUGGGAUUUUGAAUUUCCUCGACCAUACUUGCCUAAUUUUGAAUUUGUUGGAGGACUGCACUGCAAACCUGCGAAACCUCUACCUGCAGAAAUGGAAGAAUUUGUCCAGAGUUCCUGUGAAGAAGGUAUUGUGGUGUUUUCUCUGGGCACAGUGGUGAAAAACCUCACAAAGGAAAAAGCCAAUCUCAUUGCCUCAGCCCUUGCACAGAUUCCACAGAAGCUAUAA